AUGAGGAUCGAACUAGUGUCUCUGUUUAUCUCAAUCUGCCAUCAUUUCAAACACGGUGAAACGAGAGCCGCGUGUGGUAGUGAAAAACGACUGGUCGCAUUCGAGGGUGGUGAGGCGUCGCUACCGUGUCAAGUUCGCUCUGACGGAGACGUAGCUCAAUUCAUGGAGUGGAACAUUCUCCUCGAUUCGAGGCAUCGUCAAAAAAUCGGGGAGCACUCGAGUAUCUCGGACCAGACAGAAAACCUCGCCGAAAUCAUGUAUCGAUUGGACGGCGGCAAUGCGACCAUUGACUCCGCCCGCGUUUGGAAGGACGUCCGAUGGACUCAAAAAGCACGUUUCUCGCUUCUGAACUCUGAAUUGCAUCUGAUCAAUCUAAACUUCAGUGAUUCGGGUCUCUACAGCUGUGAUGUUCAAUACGCCGAUGGACGCUGGAAAAACUGUUCUACCUCGUUGGUUGUGCAAGCGCCGCUCUUCCCCCCUCUGAUGGAGAUAAACCACGAAAUCAUAUCAUUGAAUGAAACUACCAUCGGACCGUAUGCCGAACGAGCUUACCUCAACGCGAGCUGUACUCUAUCCCACUCAUAUAAUUAUCCCGUAUGGUACAAUUGGACCGCCGACGGCCGCUGGCUGCAAGCCACAUCUCAUGAAAUCCAUUUCGGACCCUUGAACCGCAGCCUGUUCAUGAAGAAGCUUUGCUGUGUAGUGUCCUCAGCGUCAUCUCUUCGUUCAAGCACAAUCUGCGCCAAACUUCUGGUCAAUCUGGGUGCGGAGUCCGUUUCCAUUAUAACGUGGCAGUCGCCCCUGGUUCUCGGAAUACCUCAAGAGAUCGAGUGUGAAGUGCAAGGCGGCUUCCCCCCUCCUGAAAUAGGCUGGUAUCUCGACGGCGUAGUUUACCCGAACGUCAUCUUCCAUGAUUCCGCCCAUCUAUGGGCGACUUCUGUCAUCAUUCUGACGCCGGAAGAGAAACAUAUGGGCGCGAGACUAGAGUGCCGAGCGGAGAAUCGCAGCGCAGGAGAGUACAAAUCACAAUUCAUUCGUCUGGAUGUAAAAUAUAAGCCGGAUGUCACAUUGAAGAUUGGUCAAGGAUUGAAUGCCACGGGGAUCAAUGCUGGCAGCGAUGUGUAUCUUGAAUGUUCGGUUCAAGAUAUAUCGGUCGAUAAGUUACCGAACAUAUCAGACAGCCCAAAACCGAGUCAUCUUAUCUCAUGGAGUCACAACGGAGGAGUUUUGAAGUCAAACCGCACAGCGGGUAUCCUCAUCACGGAUCGCUAUCUCGUAUUGCGCAACGUUCAGAAGCGUCAUCGCGGCCACUACACGUGCCAGGUGCGGGGCACCGCGCUACAGACGGAAAGCGAGGACGUCACGAGUAGUCCUCUUCUUCUGAUCAUUCAUUAUUCGCCCCGAUGUGCAACCGCGUCUAUCCAGAAAAGAUACGUUGACAAAGGGAAAAAGGCAGUCCUGGUUUGUCCUGUCGACAUGCAGCCAUGGAAUAAGUUUGCCCGCGUCUAUUGGUCCUUGUUGGGUGAGGACAACUCCACUCGAACAAAUCGCUUGGAGACCGUUAUGAGUGAGCAAAUGCUCGAGCAUGGUGAAGUUUUGUGUUGGGGAGAGAACAAGCUUGGCAGUGGGCGCAAAUCUCCUUGCCGCCUGCAACUGCUCGAGAGAGGUUACGGCAACGAUAUGAAAACGAACAGCGCUCCCCAUGACAUCAUUCGCUCGAUGGAUUGUACAGUACACAACGUGACCAGCAGCGCAAUACUCGUCGGGUGUGAGAACUUCAGCAACGAAUUCGCGAACAUCACGAUCGUUGCUGACUUGAUCCGCAAUCGGCAGAUCAUAAACUCAGCCCAGCUUUCCCAAACCAGGGCUUGGUACUGGAUGGGCUACUUGCAACCGUCUACGGAAUAUGUCAUAGAUUUCUGCUUAGCGGGUAUUGCUAAUAAAAUGAACGUGGACCUGCAGAACCCGCCGGACUCCUCAGGUACAUUGAUCGACGGCGGCGAGAGUGUUAGAUCUUCAGCGCUGCAGAUCGCACCUUAUCUCAGAAAAUCGGCGAUCGGAGCCGACCUUUCCGCCAUGGAUCCGGAUAUGGAUGCAUUCCGAGUUCAUACACGGACCCUCGACAAGGAUUUCGAUAGUGUUGAUCUUGGUGGCUCUUUGUUCAACUUGGAAACCGUACGCGUAGCUCUAUAUACAGCGAUCAGUCUGCUAUCAUUUUGCGCUGGUAUCUCAGUCUGCUAUCUGAAUUCGGGAGGUCGGAGGACUUCGACAGCAUCACGACAGGUCCACACCCCGAAAGAUCCAACGCCUCUUCUCUUCACAAUGUCGUCCCUGUGAGGAUGCUAUCCCAGGACCUCUAUCGCGGUUUCUCAGAUGGAAUCAGUCGAAUGCGGGGGUGGGCCCGUGUUGGGCCGAAUGAGUCGUAUCAGAGCGCUCACUAUCCUCUGAACUCAAUGGGGAACUGUAGUUGGAUAUGCUUGACGCGGUCGAGGAAGC